GUCUCUGAUCCCACUUUGAAUUUUGUUACUCUCUUCAUUCUUCUUCUUCUUACUUUCCCUUUUUACCCUCUCUUCCAUUGCAUUCUCCUUCUUCUUCUCUCUGCCCCUACCUUCUCCUAACCUCUUACUCCUUCCCAAGUUCCACUUUUUCGCAUCUGGGUCUCUCUCUUUUCCCCCGAUCUGCCUCAGAUUCGGAUCAAAAUCCAUUCUUUAUUCCCAAUUCACUCCAUCAUCUAACUUACUUUCAUCUUGCCCCUCCUUACGGUUGCUUCUUUGUGGGAAGACAUAAAUGGAUUUUCAGCCAAGGGUUUUGUCAAUUUGAUCUCAAUUGAAACUCCAUAGGAUCUCUGAUGGACUCGAAAAGUACUGCUAGAGCUCUCCCAAAACAUCAUCACAACACAACGAAGACGGGCAAACUGGAGCCGACUGCUUCCGAAGGUUCUUUGAAGUCUACACAGAACACAACGAAGAAGGAUACUGGGGAGAUUCCGGGAAGCAAGAACUUGGGAGCUUCGGUCCAGAAGGUGUCUGCUGAAUCCUUGAGUCAUAAACUUGCUGCUGCCACUAUUGGUACUUCCUCAACUGUUCUUGCCAAAGCAUCUAGAGAAGCGGAUCACGGCAUUAAUGAGAGCUUAGGCUCACUGGAGAACUCUGCUGAUCAAGAGAAAAAGAUAUCAGAAUAUGGAAGUGUGAAGAGCAGUUCUGUAUCUGCGAAAGUUAGUGAUGGGGCUAGCAGUCUCGCAAAGACAAGUGGGAGUGCUAAGAUCAGUGAUCGAGUCGACUUUGUUGAGAGUGGUAAGAGCAGUAUCUGCAGAGGAAGUACAAGCAGUGAUGUGAGUGAUGAGAGUACUUGUAGUAGCUUUAGCAGCACCGUAAACAAGCCCCAUAAGGCCAAUGACUUGAGAUGGGAAGCUAUCCAAGCUGUUCGAUCUAGAGAUGGGGCGUUGGGUUUAGGUCACUUUAGACUGCUGAAGAGGUUGGGUUGUGGGGAUAUUGGGAGUGUAUAUCUCUCUGAGUUGAGUGGAACUAAAUGUUAUUUUGCAAUGAAGGUAAUGGACAAAGGGUCCUUAGCGAGUCGGAAAAAGCUACUUCGUGCUCAGACAGAACGAGAAAUCCUGCAAUCGCUGGACCAUCCCUUUCUUCCUACUUUGUAUACCCAUUUUGAGACGGAGAAGUUCUCAUGCUUGGUAAUGGAAUUCUGCCCCGGCGGAGACCUCCAUACACUGAGGCAGAAGCAACCAGGGAAGCAUUUUCCUGAGCAGGCAGUAAAGUUUUAUGUGGCGGAGGUCCUACUGGCUUUGGAGUACCUUCACAUGCUUGGGAUCGUCUACCGUGACCUUAAACCGGAAAAUGUCUUGGUUAGGGAUGAUGGUCAUAUUAUGCUCUCUGACUUCGACCUUUCGCUCCGCUGUGCUGUUAGCCCAACUCUUGUUAAAAGUGCGUCCAUGGAUACCGAGCCUCUAAGAAAGAAUCCUGUUUAUUGUGUCCAGCCAGCAUGUAUUGAGCCGACUUCCUGUAUCCAGCCAUCCUGUGUCGCUCCUACUACAUGCUUUUCACCUCGGCUCUUUUCUAGUAAAUCAAAGAAGGACCGGAAACCCAAAAAUGAAAUUGGCAACCAAGUGAGUCCCUUGCCGGAGCUCAUUGCAGAGCCUACUGAUGCUCGGUCUAUGUCAUUUGUCGGAACCCAUGAAUACUUGGCACCUGAGAUCAUUAAAGGCGAAGGUCACGGAAGUGCAGUUGAUUGGUGGACUUUUGGCAUCUUUCUAUAUGAGCUCUUGUUUGGUAAAACUCCUUUUAAGGGAUCCGGGAACCGAGCUACAUUGUUUAAUGUUGUAGGUCAGCCUCUGCGGUUUCCUGAAGCACCUGUUGUCAGUUUCGCGGCGAGGGAUCUCAUAAGAGGGUUGCUCGUAAAAGAACCUCAGCACAGAUUGGCAUAUAAACGAGGUGCUACCGAGAUCAAGCAGCAUCCCUUUUUCGAAGGUGUGAACUGGGCAUUGAUCCGCUGCGCUACCCCACCUGAGAUCCCCAAGCCUGUAGAGUUCGAGAAGAUACCUUCCCCAGCCUCGUCUGCCGGCGAAAAGGCCGUGAAUCACAUGUCAAUAGCGAAUCAGAAGGGUUCGGAUAAUUAUCUGGAGUUUGAUUUCUUCUAGAUAUAGACAAUAUUGAUUGCAAGAAUGGUUUCUGUUAGGUGGGGGGUUGGAGGAACUGUUUUUCAAUGUUUCAGGAACAGAUGAUGAGGAAUUGUAUGUUUGUUUUUGUUGGCUAUUUGCAAAGUUUCAAAUUUGUAUGGCAUAAUCAAAAUGCAUGGCUUCUCUCUGUCA